UUGAAUUUCCCGUUUAACAAUUCACUCUGUUUGAUAUUGUUAUUGAAGGUACCAUUUGCUGAAGGAUUUCUUGAAAAAGAAGAUCAAAUUGUUCCUAUUAUAACUUGAAGUCUCUUAAAAGGCUGGCCAACAUUCUUACUGAUUAUGGCCCUUUCAAGUAAGAAACUUCAUCUCUAAUUCAGUUACUCCAAUUUAGUUGUCGAUGAUUUGGUCAUUUGUGUUAUUUAGUAUGGAAUUUAUCGCCACUUGCAAUUCAAGUUACGACUAACAAGUUGCAAGUUAGUCAUAGAUCAAUUGUGAUUUUUGUUAUGCAGUUUGCAGUUCAUUCUACCUGAGGAAGGACAAUUGGGCAACAGAAACUGGUUAUCAUGGAGUUUUGGGUCUAAUACAAAAAGGGAAGGCUGAUAUGUGCUUCUUGCCAUUACCGUUGGAUACCCAGAAGGCUCCUGGUUAUUUCACUUCAGUUAUAUCUGAGCAAAACUAUUAUAUCAGCACAUUACGAAAUUUAGAUGAUAAUACUUCAACAGUUGUUUCCAGUCUAACAUCGGUCACUGUGAUUCCUUUCUUAUUGGCUAUUCUAGCCACAUUAAUAUUGGAAUUGAUUGCAGUUGAACAUUUCAAAAUUGAUGCAUUGCUCACGGCCAUCUACUGAUCAUUUGGUGCAUCAUUUCGCCAGCAUUUUACUCGUCGUUCAACAAGUCUUUGCUUGAUUCAAAUGCUAAUCUCAAUGUUUCCUUUAUUCAUUUUCAAUGCUUCAUUCAACACUCAAACAAUCGUCGGAAACAGAGACUACAAGAUUGAUACAUUGAAAGAUGUCAUCAGUCAGGGUAAAACUCCGUUUUUCAUUGAAGGCCUUUCGCUGUAUGACUUUUUCAAAGCUGAAGUUAACAAAGAUUAUGCUGCUAUUUAUGAGCGCAGUGUCGCUGCAGUACUAGAGGAACCCUUUCCUCUGGGACCUAUUCCUGUGUUUGAAAGAAGGGACAAGAUGGUAACCUUCGUCUCUGGUAUUGGUAAAAAGCUAACUCCAUUAGUAUCUUCAGUAUCUGGUACAAUAAAAACUAACCAAGAGCAGUAUUUCUCGGCGAAACCAUUUCAUAGAUCAUUGCAAUCUAUGCUCUACAGUUAUAAUGUUUCCAAAUCCUUCAGAACCAAGAUUAACACUCUGACACGGCGGAUAAUCCAAAGCGGGAUUGCUACAAAAAUAGAAGGAGAUAUUUACGUUGACUUCAUUCUUUCCUUUUAUCCUGCAACCUUAUACGACUUUCACAAAUCUGAAGUUCGUCGAAAAGUGAUUGAUCUAAGUUGGAAAUCACUAAAUUACAGUAACUUCUAUCAAAUAUUUCACAUAUAUCUCUUAAUAUUGUUUCUGAUAAUAGUUUUUCAAUUUUUUGAAUUAUCUAUUGCUUUGCUAAUCACUCUAUUUCAGCAAUAA